AUGACAGAAGUUUACCUUAAGGAACAAAGUUAUGGAAAAGAUCGUGUUCGGUUGGCAAAAGUUAUUAAAACAGGAAAAUGGCAUGAAAUUGUAGAAUUGACUGUGCGUGUUUUGUUACAAGGAGAUUUCGAACACUCGUAUACAGAGGCUGACAAUUCCAAGAUUAUUCCAACAGACACAAUAAAAAAUACAAUUUACAUACUUGCAAAACAAUCAAACAAUGUACAAAUUAUAGAAGAAUUUGGAAUUGAAAUAGGGGAACAUUUUCUCAAAACCUAUUCUCAUGUCACCAAAGUUAAAGUAUUGUUGGUUAAACAUCGAUGGAGUAGAAUGAUGGUUGAUGGGAAAUUACAUCAACAUUCGUUUAUUAGAGAUGGGGAGGAAUUACGACAUGCAAAAGUUUUUGUUGAACGAGGAUCACAUACGACACUUGAAGAAACCAAUGAUCGUAUUUUAUCAACAAGUAUAGAUUCAAAUUGGAAAUAUUUAAAUAUUACAACCAAAAACAAAAUUCCAUUUGAUAAUAUUUAUGAAUCGAUACGUGGAAUAACUUUAUCAACAUUUGCCAAAGAUUAUAGUGCAUCGGUGCAAGCGACAUUAUAUCUUAUGGCAAAAUUAGCAUUGGAGAAACAUUUAGAAAUAGGAAGCAUUCAUUAUGAAUUACCAAACAAACAUUAUUUUGCUUAUAAUUUGGAAAGAUUUAAUUUGAAAAAUACUGGUAAAGAUACUGAUAUCUACUCCCCAAACAGUGACCCAUCAGGAUUAAUUAUUGCUACCGUUUCUAGAAGUAAACCUAAAUUGUAA